UUUCCGUCAUCGAACAAUAAUCCAUGAUGAUCCGCCGUCCGCAUCCCGUCCAUGCGACUACACGCCCUCGCAUGCGACUGUUGUCGGGAACCAAUGGUGCUUAUGCAACCCAUCGAGUCGAGCACGACGCUGCGCUGCAACGACGGGCCCUUGCAUGGCUGAAGAGUGAGGAGACAACACUGUUUCCUCCGCGCAUCACUUUGACCGGCGUUCCUGUACACCCGAGUUCCCAUCACGUGUGCAAGUCAUCACGAAUGAUCCCAUCGACGAGGCUGCCGCAACCAACAAAUCUAAGUGGCAAGUUUUGGUUCGCUGUAGUAACCCUUGCCUGGUUCUGUGCUGUCACGACGUCAGCAGGUCCGAUGACACAGAACGACGGAUGGAACGAGAAGAUGUCGAUGCGCGAGAGAUCCAGACUCUCGAUGGAAUGGUGCGACGUGGAUGCUCAAAAUGUUGAGGCUAUGGUCUCCACAGAGAGAGCGGUACAACGUCCACAGCCGCGAAGAAAUGGAAUCGGUAGUCGACUUGCAAUGUGGGCCUUACGGCACCUUCAUGCACAAGCUUUCGAACCUUUGAUUUCUCCGUACGAGCACAUAACGGACAUUCAUGUUGAAUAGGAGUCUUUUACACAGGAACGAAAUACAUGUGCUGCACAUUAUCCUGUCUGUGCAUGCUAUAUGAAUCACCGACAUGCAAUUAGAAACGACGGAGAUGAAGAGCGCCAGAUCACGUCAGAUCGCCAUCGCGCGAACCAUCGGAUUAAACAUGACUUGAAAUAUAUGACGCUUUACAAGGGCUUCUUCUUGAUGGGCAACACAGCCUUCCCGACCAGAGACUUGUGGAUGUGAGGAAUCACACCACCACCAGCAAUCGUCGCCUUGAUCAAGGUGUCAAGUUCUUCAUCUCCUCGAAUGGCGAGCUGUAAAUGUCGCGGGGUAAUACGCUUCACUUUCAGAUCCUUAGAGGCGUUCCCUGCUAAUUCCAGCACUUCUGCGGUCAAAUAUUCCAUGAUGGCGGCUGUGUACACUGCGGCCGUCGCACCGAUACGCUGGUUGUUCGCGACACGCUUCUUCAGGAACCUGUGGAUACGACCCACGGGGAAUUGAAGGCCGGCACGACUGGAACGGCUUUGAGGGGCUUUCUUAGAUGCGACACCUUUGCCUCCCUUGCCACCUUUGCCACCUUUACCUCCUUUACCGCCUGCGGGGAUGCCUGACAUGCUGGUGCUUCCGAUCGGGGUGAAC